UCGUUUGUGUGCGUCCUGUAAAUGUCUCCGUCUUUCUCUUCCUGUUUUCCAGCAUGGCUGCUAUAGGGGUUCAUUUUGGUUAUACGUGUGCCUGUGUAGCGAUUUUUAAGGAUGGACGGGCUGACGUGGUGGCGAACGAUGCAGGAGACCGCGUGACUCCAGCUGUGGUCGGCUACAGAGACACGGAACAGAUUGUAGGAAUUGCAGCUAAACAAGGACGAGUCCGUAACGCUGCCAACACAGUUGUUAAAGUGAAGCAAGUUCUGGGGAGAAGAUUUGAUGAUCCAGAAACACAAACUCAUAAAACAGAGACGAAGUGUCAGGUUGUAAACAGAGAAGAGAAGCCGUACUACGAGAUCACGGCAGGAGAAAACCCAGAAUAUGUCGCUCCGGAGGACGUCGCUAAGCUCAUCUUUAACAAAAUGAAAGAAACGGCUCAGUCUGCCCUGGGUUCCGAUGUGACCGAAUCCGUCAUCACGGUCCCGUUUGAGUUUGAGCGUGCUCAGAGACGAGCUCUGAGAGAGGCAGCUGAAGCAGCAGGUUUCCACGUGUUGAGGAUGAUCCAUGAGCCGGCUGCAGCUCUGCUGGCUUAUAACAUCGGACAGGACAGCUCUUCUGGAAAGAGCCAUGUUCUGGUGUAUAAACUGGGCGGGACGUCCCUGAGCGUGACGGUGCUGCAGAUCAAUGGAGGAAUGUUCCGGGUUCUCAGUACUCAUACGGACCACAGCAUCGGAGGAGAGAGUUUUACCCAGGCCCUGGCCCAGUACCUGGCCUCAGAGUUUAAACGAACCUUUAAACACGAUGUGAGCGGUAACGCUCGGGCGAUGUUGAAGCUGAUGAACAGCGCCGACAUGGCCAAACACUCCCUGUCCUCUCUAGGGUCGGCCAACUGCUUCGUGGAUUCCCUGCACGAUGGCAUUGACUUUGAAUGCAAUGUCUCCAGAGCUCGAUUUGAGCUGCUUUGCUCCUCCCUCUUCAACAAAAGCAUCCAGCCAAUCAGGUCGCUGCUGGAGGAGGCAGGACUUCCUGCUGAAAACAUCAACAAGGUCGUUCUGUGUGGCGGCUCGGCCAGGAUUCCUCGUCUGCAGCAUCUGAUCCGUGAGAUGUUUCCUGAUGUGGAGCUCCUGAACUCGGCUCCUCCAGACGAGGUGAUCGCCAUGGGAGCAGCUGUGGAAGCAGGUCUACUGGUCGGCAGAGACGGUCUGACCUCUGAAGACGAGUCCAUCACCGUAGACGUUUCUGCCACAGACAUCCUGCUGAAGGAGGUGGAUGAAUCCGGAGCAGAGACGUUCACGGUCCUCCUCCCGUCCGGAACGCCGCUUCCCGCCCGCAGACAUCACGUCCUGCACGGAGAGGGAAAACUGUCCUCGCUGCGUUUGGACAUUUAUCAGAGAUUUGAGGCAGCGCAGCCAGAAAAACUGGCGGCGGUUGUUGUCAGAGACCUGCAGACCAAAGAGGACAAGCACAACAUCGACGCCGUCCUGACCAUGAAAAGGGACGGUUCUGUUCAUGUUUCAUGUGUAGAACAGAACAAUGGAAUGUCGUCCGCCGUCUCCAUCCCAGCAGCUUCAUAAACACACAGUUCUACGGUCCGAGCCGGUGGAGGAGGACUGGCUCUGCUGGUUUUAACUCAAUAAAAACUCAACGUUUGUGUUUGUGGUGAAAUGAUGCAAACUGAUCUGUGCUGGUUCUAACAGAACAUUCAUUUCAUUGUAUCCUGACUGGGAAUCCCUCUGAAGUACCACAUGGAGUUUGUAGUUGUUAAGCUCCGAGCAAGGAGUCGGUCGAAGUUCACCAGAUUUACUGCAUUAAACGUAGAAAGUCUGAUUUCCUCGCUGCA